AUGUGGCUUAGUCCUCGCCUGUUUGCUCUUCCCGUCAAGGCAUCUGAAAAAUUUGCGAAAUAUGCAUCCUUCAAUCCAACCCCACUUUCGUUAAAGACGUUAAGCGCUUUCGGCAAGGAUCCUACUGCAGAUAUAGUGCAAUCCACUCGUUUCCUUAAGUCCGAACUCCCCGUUAGAUUCGCUAACAUCUUGCAAGAGUUGCAUUUGCUACCUAAGAAACUGCUUGAAACUCCUUCGGCUUCCCUGGUAACUAGUUUAUAUGAAGAGUCCUUUUUGGACCUAAUUGAUUUUGAAGAAAAAGGCCUUACUGCUAAGGACUGUGACGACUUUCUGGUAUUUUUGGACAAGUCCUUUUCUAGGCAUGGUACCGUAGUUGAAAUGAUGGCAGCAGGUGUUAUGGAAAUGCGUGAGAGACAUGGUGAAGAUCCGGUAGUCAAUAAUCAGCUUCAGUACUUUCUGGACCGGCUCUUUCUAAUGCGAAUUAGCAUUCGCAUGCUUGAAAGCCAGCAUCUGCUUGUGUUCGGUCCCGAGUUAAAUAAGCAUCAUCGGUUUGUCGGCUGCAUUGAUCAGCAUUGCAAUGUGGUCCAUAUCCUGCGCGAUGCCUACGAUGAUGCAAAACUUCUCUGCGAUCAUUACUACGCUGAUUCUCCAGAGAUGAACGUAUCUCUUGUAAAUGACGAUGAUGAAAAGUUUAUUCUUGUAGAUGUAAAUGGUGUAAUUGAACUUGUCUACGUCCCUUCACACCUCUACCACAUUCUUUUUGAACUUCUAAAGAAUGCGAUGCGUGCGGUGGUUGAGAAAGGUCGCCUUGUCAACAAAGACGAGUUUCCGCCAAUCCAGGUUCUUGUUGUCAGCGGCAAGCACAACGUCACAAUCAAGCUCUCGGACCUGGGUGGGGGAUUCCCUCGUUCCCUCAAUGACCAACUCUUCCGGUACACCUACUCGACCGGUGGGUCCAGGACGGGCAAAACAGAGUCCCCCUUUUCUCCCUCUGCGGGCUACGCACCAAUCGCCGGCUACGGAUACGGCCUGCCCCUGUCCCGUCUCUACGCGCGCUACCUCCACGGCGAUCUAACCUUGUCAGGCAUGGAGGGCCAUGGGACCGACGCCUACGUCUACCUGAUGCGAAGAGAGGCCGAUGCUGACGAGUUCCUACCCGUCUUCAAUAGGACCUCGGCGCGGCGGUACGAAUCAGUUGGUAUUCCCAUUGACGACUGGAUCCACCGCAGCCCCUCCCACGACUCCCAGCAACAGGCUUCCGAAGGUUCACCACGGGCGUCGUGA